UUUUAUCAAUACGAAUUUUUAAUUGAAUUACGUUCAUAACAAAAGAAUAAUAAUAUUAAUCUAAAAUUUAAUCCUUCUAUAAUGUUAGGAAUCGUUCUGUUUCUGAUUAUAUUAUUCGGGUUGUUGUGGAAAUUAACUGUAGAGGUGAAAGAAAACUCCCCACCCACAUUUUCUGGUUGGGUUCCAAUAAUUGGGCAUCUGUAUAAAAUUAUUGGCGGCGGUGAACGUCUUUCCCGAACGCUAUUCGAUUUAGGCGAAGAAUGUGAACGAAAAGGAGGUGUUAUUGGUUUUUAUGUCGGAGCUCAACGCCACUUUGUUAUCGUAGAUCCGGAAGAUGCCUUGACAGCAGCAAACUCAUCUCUCUCAAAGCACGCUAUAUUCAAACAAGCCGAACCGUGGCUUGGGAACGGGCUAAUUACAUCAGGAGGCUCAACUUGGAAAAUGCACCGUAAACUUAUGAAUCCUGCCUUUCAUUUGAACGUGGUAUUGGGCUAUUUGGAUUUAUUCAACAAUCAAGCCAGGAGUCUAGUGGAAAAUUUGGAAGACGAAGUGGACAAAGAACCGUUCAAUGUAUUUCAAUAUUUGUCCCAAACAUCAUUGAAGACAAUCUGCUCAACCGCCUUCGGCAUAAAUGUGGAUCAAGACAGUGAGUUCUGCAACAAAUACAUACAUGCAUGUGAAAAAUUAAUCGGCAUACAAACAAGAAAAUUCCAGAACAUAUGGCUUCAAAGCGAUUUGAUUUACAGACUUAGUGGCUUCAAAAAGAAAGAAGACGAACUAAUAAAAUAUGUCCAUCAGCUAUCCAAUUCGAUAGUCCAAAGAAAAAGAAUGGAAAGGAAGGAAAGACAUAAAGAAGUUAAAUCAGCAACUAAAAUGCAAUCGUUGAUCGAUUUACUGUUGAAUUUAUCCGGAGAUCAAGUCUUCUCACAAGAAGAUAUUAGAGAAGAAAUCGACACAGUAAUAGUUGCAGCAUUUGAUACCACGUCUUGGAGCCUCACGUACGCGCUCCUCGUUCUAGGAUCGAUGCCGGAGAUACAAGAAAAAGUUGCCAAAGAGAUUGAAGAGGUUUUGGGACCUACCGAUCGAAAUCUUGAUAAAGAUGAUUUGCAGAAACUGGUCUACACGGAAGCAAUGAUAAAAGAAGUUCUACGACUUUACAAUGUACUACCGGCCGUUUUACGACAUAUUACUGAAAAAGUACAAUUAAAAAACUACACAAUGUACCCGGGUGACCAAUGUAUGAUUCUCAUAAAUAACUUGAACCGGCAUAAAGCUUGGGGUCUGGACGUCGAGCAGUUCCGACCGGAGCGCUGGUUGGGAGAGGCGGAAUUACCAGAACACCACAGUGCCUAUUUUGCCACUUUUGGAAUAGGACGGCGUUUUUGUAUAGGUAGAAUAUUUGCUAUGUAUUCAAUGAAGACCAUUCUCGUUCAUAUCUUGCGUCGCUACAGCGUCAAGUCGGACCUUGCUAAGUUAAGGCUGACAUCAGAUUACGUCACUAAGCCUGUUUCGGGUCACUUUAUAACCAUUACACGAAGAAUUAAUGUUGUCAAUUAAAUUCGAUUUUUUAUAUUGAAUGCGCCUUUGUAUUUAUUUCAACUAUACUCUAUU